AUGAAGAUCCUCAUGCUGUUGGCUGUAAUCAUGGUCUUGGGCUUCCUACAAGCACAAGGGAGCUCAUUGGAUUUCAAGGAAAUGAUUGACAAUACAUUAGGAAGGGACGCUGCAUUAAAUUACAGCUCCUAUGGUUGCUAUUGUGGUGUUGAUGGCAAAGGAUCUCCCAAGGACGCAACAGAUCGGUGCUGUGCUAAACACAACUGCUGUUAUAGGAAGCUGAAGAAAUUUAAAUGUGACACUAAUUUGCUGAAGUAUAAGUUUUCUACGAGUGGAAGCAAAAUCAUCUGUGAGGACAAGGAUGUCUGUAAGCGUUUGCUGUGUCAAUGUGAUAGAAAAGCUGCCUACUGUUUUGCAAAAAACAAGAACACCUAUAAUAAAUCUUUGCAGUUCUACCCCAAUUCGAUGUGCACUGGGAAGACUUUGAGGUGCCGAAAGCGAAUUUUCCACUAG